AUGCUGACCUUGGCACAAUAUACUGAUAUCAUCAAAAAAUUGACGCAUGCGCGAAAAUGGGGAAUUUCCGGGUAUCAACGACAUCAAAGGAUCAGUGACGUAACGCCUUGCAAUAUUGGAUGUGUUGUAAAUGGAGAAAACUUGGUCGACCGUAUCCCUCCAAACAAGUGGAAGGACAAAAGAUAUGUGAUUGGGUAUCUUGUUCAAGGCACCGCUAUUGAUAAAGACUCCCAAACAUACAGUAGAGGGGUUGGUAGUGCAUUGCAACAUAAGUGUGAAGAAAGAACGGUAUCAGGAACAACUUCCACAAGAAACAUCCUUAUCGCACCUUCCACGGUGAAUCCAAGUCGAUGCAAGUCGAUGCAAAUAAAGCAAAGUCUAAUGCUUCUGCGUCGAAGCAAGUUGAAAAAAAGAAGACAGCCCACACAGAGACGUUGA